AUGGACAUCGCCCGCACGUCCAUGAUCCAUGCCCGUGCGCCCCAUUUUCUGUGGCCCUACGUGGUUCGCUACACCGCUCACCAGCUGAACCUCCAGCCGCGCGUCUCUCGGCCAGAGGCUUCACCGACCAGUCUUUGGACCAGGUCCCCUGGUGUUGGGUCCGCCUUUUAUGUCUGGGGCUGCCUUGCGCUUGUCCGCGACACCUCUGCGGACAAGCUCUCGCCUCGCGCCGUCCCCUGUGUCUUCCUUGGUUUCCCGGUAGCCUCAACCGACUGGUCCUUUUACCACCCGCCUCUCCACCAGAUCCUAGACUUCCGUGACGUCCAGUUUGUCGAGUCAGUGUCCUACUACACCCGGUACCUUUGUCGAGGUCUCCCGGUUCCCCCUGCUUUUCCUUGCACCCUCUCUUCCCCCUGCUCCCGCUCCUCCGGUACCCCCACCCCCCCCGGUCCUGCCCCGUCAGGUGUGUCUCAAACCCUCCGCUACUCUACCCUCGGUCGCGCGUCCGGUUGCGUCUCUCUCCCGGCAGUCCUCCUCACAGUCCCCUCAGUAUCCUUCGGCACUUCCGCGACAGCUGGAGGUGCUGGCGCAGGCGGCGCUAGCUCUGGGGGUGCUGGAGCUGGAGGUACUGGCACUAGAGGUGCUAGUUCUGGGGGUGCUGGAGCUGGAGGUGCUGGCACUGAAGGUGCUAGUUUUGGGGGUGUUGAGGUUGGAGGUCCUGGCAUUGGGGGUGCUAGGACAGGCGGCGCUGGAGCUGGGGAACCUGACCCUGGUGGUACCCCCUCUGGGGACACUGGUACUGGGGGUGCUAGCGGCUUGCCGGCGUGCACGCGAGGAGCAGGAGCGGUUGGAGCGGCAGGAGUUGCGGCAGUUGGACCUGCUGGAGCAGCAGCAGCAGCGGCGGCGGCGGCGGCGGCGGCGGCAGCAGCAGCGGCGGCGGCAGCAGCAGCAGCAGCAGCCGCGGCAGCAGCAGCCACCGCAGCCCGUGGUCACACCACCUCCCUCUCUACCCCUAUCACUGUUUACUACCGUACAGUGCGUCCUGUUGUCUCGCGUGUUCUCACAUCUCCGUCGUCUGUCUCCGCUCUCACUGCCGCUGUCACUGCCUUUGCGUCCACCCGCCGCCUUGACUUUGCCACCCGUAUCGUAGCUGCACCGCCUACCCGUCCUGAGGCCGCCGGGGGUGGGUUUGCCCUUGGCUGUGACGUCCUCGAGGAUAGGCAGUUUGAGUUGGAGUUCCUGGCAGCUGCUUCCCCCUCUCUCUGUGCCAUGCUACUUUCCCCUGAGGGAGACCUGGAUGCCCUCGACAUGCUCCACGCUUCGUGA